AUGGUAGUAGAUGUCUCCACCGUAAUUCCACGGAAUUUAAAAUAUUUUUCAAUCCAUUCCCGUUCCAUUCUUCUCUCGCCCUCUCAUGAUUCCGAAGCAAGUUCGAGAAAUCAAGCUUCGCGUAACAGCGACUCCACUCGUUUAUCGCUUACUCACUUCCUCGAUCGCAAACUGCACAACUCUUCAACAGUCCCUCAAACCGUUCCGGGGAAAUUGACGCCUUUUCAAUCACCGGCCAGUGAGCAAGAUGGAAGCGUCAAACUAACUGAUCAAGUAGGCACCAUGUCUCUGAUUUCAUACUAUGUAUGUCGUUCAUUGUCAUAUGCUUCUUUAGGAAACUUCAAUGUAUGCCAUUAUUUCAGAUUUUUUGAGUUUGGUCAGGGCAUGGGGCAUGAGUUGACUUGGGGCAAGAGCUAUAAGGUCAGGGCAUGGGGCAUGAGUUGA